CCCAACCUUUCUAACCUUCAAAUUUCCAUCUCUAGCUGCCUACUGACAUCUCAGACACCUAAACCCCAGUGGGUUGAAAGCUGAAUUAGCCAUCUUUUCUCCCUAGCCCCCCAAGACUGGCACCCCCCAGUUAGCACCUUGUACACCUAGUAUACACUCUUGCACACUGUUAAGUGCAGUUACCAGCACACGGCAAUCCCAAUAAAUGUUUGUGGAGUAAAUCAGCCGGGCCUGCUAUAUAUAAGCAUGGCCCAAACCUGCCUGCUUUUCACUGCUGCCGGAUAAGAAUGGUUUUUUACCUUUUCAAAUACAAAGAAAAACCAACAUCCAUCCACACGGGACUAUCAUUUGCCAAGCCCAGAGAGGCUAACGUGGACGGGGUGGGGGAUGGGGGAGAAUAUGGUUUGAUGCAGAGCCACCAGGAGUUGUAUUCAAAAGGCACCAAGCGGUGGAGACUUCUGGAUGAAGGCCUGCGGGUUCUUCAGUGAUUAUUAAGCACCUACUGUGUGCCAGAAACCGCUGAGGAACUCGGCCUGACCGAAAGGGAGGUGCGCGCGCAUACAGCUUACGCCAUGGGGACACUAAGGAGCCAAAAGACAGUCCCGACCUCCGGGAGCGGACACAAAUGGGAGAUUAACGUGCAAACACACCUAAGCAAACCCCGGAUGCGCGACCUGAGGGGCAGGAAGGAAGCGGGGAGGGGGGAGAAGGGAAUGGCAGACCGCUGCGAGCAGUCCACGGGAGAAAAGACCAGAACCUCGGAGCGGAGCGGUGGGGGGGAAGGGAGGAGUAGGAGGGGCUGGGAGUGGGCGUGGCUCGGAGCUCUUUGUGUUCCCUCUAGAAAACUUCAGGGAGUCCCUGCGGCUUUUUUUUUUUUUUUUGGGGGGGGGGGGUUCCUGCGGAGGGUGACUAAUUGAGCCUGUUUUUUAGUAAAUAUACUAACAUUUAAAUGCCUCAGGAAAAUGAGGGAGAGCCAGUUUUCCCCCGGCGGGGAAUCACGGAGGUCUUCUAGGAGGAGGGAACCUUGAGCAGUCUUGAAAGAGGGAUUUUAAACAGAGGAAAUGAGGGCGGCAGGGUGGGCAUGGGGGCCUGCUGAGACAAAGACAAGCCUGGAAGCGGGAGACCAGAAGCCGGAGCGGAUCCGAACACUGAGAACGCCAACGAGAUGAGAGGACCGAGCUCACAGGUGAAUCGAGUCCAAGCACGUUCCCAUUUUUUCCCGGAAGCACGUGGCCUACCUAGGCUCCCUUCCGCCACGUGCUCGCUCGCUUUACGGCCUGUCGUUUGAGGCGGCGGUGGCGGCACCGGUUACUAUGGAGACGCGGCUGAGUUGUAAACAGUAACCAAGGAACCGGAGGAGGAGAAGGAAAGUCAAACAGGGAAGGAACCCGGUGACAAGGAGGGGCAAUGGACAGAAAGGACCGCGAGAGCUACUCCGAUGACCCGGGCUUCCCCCGAAAAGGCAGCAUGGAGCGCAUCCCGGAGGCGCCCAAUGAACCGGAGGCGCCCAGUGAACGGGAGACGGCCAGUGAACGGGAGACGGCCAGUGAACGGGAGACGGCCAGUGAGCGAGAGACGGCCAGUGAACGGGAGACGGCCAGUGAACCGGAGGUGGCCAGUGAACCGGAGGCGGCCAGUGAACUAGAGGCGGCCAGUGAACCGGAGGCGGCCAGUGAACUAGAGGCGGCCAGUGAACCGGAGGCGGCCAGUGAACCCGAGGCGCCCAAAGAGCCGGAGGCGCCCAAAGAGCCGGAGGCACCCAAAGAGCCGGAGAAGUCCAAAGAGCUGAAGGAGCCCAAAGAACCGCAGCCGUCCAAAGUGCAGAAGAGCCGCCGGAAGGAACCCCCCCACGAGUCCAUGAAGAAGAUAGCGGCCCGGGCCAUUCAGGCCCUGCAAGCUCAGAUGCCCUUGGAAGAGGAGGAGCUCAAGUACUUGCAGACCCUGACUGCUCUCUCCCUCGACGACUCCCCCACCAGCUCCCCCUUCAGUUCCCUGUCAGUUUCAGGUGGAAAGUCUGAAGGAACAAAGAAAAUUGAAGGAGCAAAAAAACUUUUUGGAGAAUUGAGUAGACCGACUUCUGUAUGGUCUCCUCGGUCUCCUCGGUCUUCUCGGUCUCCUUGGUCUCCUCGAUCUCCUCGAUCUCCUCGAUCUCCUCGGUCUCCUCGGUCUCCUCGGUCUCCUCGUAGUACUAAAGUCUCCUUCCUUGAAAAAAAACCCUCAAUCCGCGUUUAUGAGAAUGGGGCUAUUCCUUAUGAUGAGAAUGAGGAAGAGGAGGAAGAAUACGAGCAACUUGAAGAAGAGGAGCCUUCUUCCUCCAAAGAUAUAUUAUUACGAGAGUCAUUGGUGUACCACUCCAGGGAAGAUGGUCUUUUUAGAGAAAAGACUGAGAAGGACAAAAUGUAUCCCCUGAGUCUGGCCUGGUGCUACGGAUGGAACAGCUCCCUCCCCAUCUACAACAUGCGCGACGGGAACGAGAGGGUCUUGCUCUACGCCUGCUCUCACACGGCCGUGCUCUACGACGCCUUUAAGAACUGCCAGCACCAUCUGCAGGGCCACAGUAACGUGAUCACUUGUAUGUGUGUGAGUGAAAACAGAAGGUGGAUUGCAACAGCUGACAAAGGCCCCCACUGCCUGGUGAUUGUAUGGGAUGGCUUCUCGGGCAUUCCCGUGCACACGAUAUUCGACAGCUGUCCAGAAGGAAACGGCAUCAAAGCCAUGGCCAUGACCAAAGAUGCCAAGUUUUUAGUGACGAUCGAUGACGCGCCACUUCAGAGACUUUGCAUCUGGAGGUGGACAGUGGACACCGAGACACCAGCGUGCUCUGUCACCCUGAAGCCGGAUAGCGGUGUGCAGGAAUACAUUAUUUUUAAUCCUGGUAAUCAUAGAGAAUUGGUGAGCAACAGCAAAACCCGUCUACUGUACUUUGAAUGGGAUGAUGAAAAUGAAGUUAUUGAAGUUAGCCUGCCAACUUUAAGUGAAAAAACAUUCAACAAGACUGUGGGUAGAUUUAGCCAGUCCGUCUUUCAUUUUGCGGCCAGACAGAUUUUGACCGCCACGCUGGAAGGGAAGCUGGUGAUCUGGGACCUUCACCCCCCGCCUCGAUCUUAUACUUCCUUAGAGGUGCUUCAUAUCAAGGCCUGUAAACUGCUGCAUCUGCAGAAGGAUGGUCUUACCGUCUUAACUAUUGUGGACAGGUACUUCGUAACCGGUGAUGCCAAAGGUCACAUCAAGUUCUAUGAUAGCAAACUGUCCCUGGUUAACUGGUACAGCCAGUUCAAGCUGAGCCCCAUCAUAAUGCUGUCCUUUUCUAAGGACCCCCUCAUUGUUUCGGGCACCAAAUCGUCCUUCUUCUCAGACUGCACCCUUCCUGGCGACCCUUUCAUAGUGAGAAAUUUUAUCAUUGGCACAUCGAAUGCCAGAGUGUACCAUUUCACGGCAGAUGGGAACAAACUGGAGAAAAUCUUGAUCGAGCCCAGGGAAGCCAUUCACGCCAUUGCUUGCCAUCCUUACAAGCCCCUCAUUGCUAUUGGGAGUAUGUGUGGGCUGCUCAAAAUAUGGAAUUACCGAAAGAAGAUGUACGUGAUGAGCAGGAUCUUCGAGGAAGGAAUGGGCAUCCAGUGCCUGACCUUCAACCCUGAAGGGUACCUUCUGGGGGGCGGCUUCAGUGACGGGGCGGUUUACAUCAUGGACGCCGUGUCCCUGAAAAACGAGACUCCCGAGCCGUUCCGAUAUUCCAGAGACACCGUGACCCUCAUCAGCUUCUCCCACGACUCCCAGUACCUGGCAACUGCCGAUGUAAACUUCACUGUGGCCGUGUACAUGAUAGUGAUGAAGGAUGGAGAAAAGGUAUGGGAAUAUUUAGCAAGACUUCAUUCUCACCACAAGAAAAUCCGGAGUUUGCUCUUUGGGAUUCAGGUGGACAGCUAUGAGCCCAGACUUCUCAGCCUUAGCAAGGACAGAUUUCUGAUAGAGUACGACCUCCUCAACAGUGGCAGGGACCACCUGGAGGUCCUGGACAUCCACCGCACGGAGCAGGAGGCCAUCCCCAAGUGCAUGGUGUGGUACCCCCCCAUCACCAGAGAGUCCUUCUUGCUCGUCUGCAACAGCGCGUACAAAGUGAAGCUGUUCAACUCCAUCACCAAGAUGUGCAGAAAGACUCUGAUCGGGCCGACUUAUGGGUCACCCAUCAAGCAAGUCCUGGUCCUCCCAGAGGCCGCCUCCAAAGGCUCGCCGAGGCGAUACUUGGCGUUUGUGAACAAAGACAAGGUUGGACUUCAGAUCUUACCAGUUGACGGCAAUCCCCACAAGACAGCCGCCAUCAUUUGCCACCCCAGUGGAGUGUCCGGCAUGGCUGUUUCUUAUGAUGGUACCCACGUCUUCACCGCAGGAGGGGAAGACCACAGCGUGUUACAGUGGGAGAUUAAUUUAAGGGCUCUGGAGGCAGCUGUUCACCUGGGGGGUGAAGAUCUGACCCCAUUCUAUGGUCUGCUGGAUGGGGGCCGAGAAGGAGAAUUCUAUAAGGAACUGGAGGACUAUUUUUAUUAUUCUCAGCUCCGUAGUCAGGGUAUUGAUACAAUGGAGACCAGAAAGGUGUCUACACGUAUUCCCCUGAGUGAGCUGCCUUUUGUAAUGAGAGCAAUUGGCUUCUAUCCAUCUGAAGAGCAGAUUGAUGAUAUGUUAAACGAAAUUAAAUUCGGUGAGUAUGUGGAUACAGGAAAGCUCGCUGAUUCAAUCGACUUGCCAGAGUUUGUGAAGCUUUACAUCAAUCACAGGCCACCUUUUGGUCAAACCAUGAGUGACAUACAAAAGGCUUUCAAAAUUCUUGGCUCUCCUAAUGAGGAUGGGGAAAUGGCUAUUGAGAGAGAACAUUUCCUAGAACUGCUUCUAACCAAAGGGGAGCACAUGACUGAGGAAGAGCUGUCGGACUGCUUCACGGUGCUGUUUGGACUGAACCCAGAGGGCUGGAAAUCCGAACCCGCCACCCUGGACUACAAAGGAUCUAACAUUCGUCUGGAGGAAGAGCUCCCGGAAGAAAUCACUGCCGAGAUAUUCACUUCUGAUAUUCUUGGCUUGCCCAUUCCCAAAGACACCUGAAAAGGCUCCCAAAGUGGGAGGGACGGCAGAAAAGAGAACACUUGGUCUGCUUUCCCUGUAGAUUCUCCCUCCACUUAACUCACUCCCCUCCUCUUCCCCUCCACCCCUCACCCUGCUGACCCUUUAAGAAUUUUUAGGAUUACAAGGAAAUUUCUGUAAAGCACGACAUCCAAGAUGUUGGAAAGACCAGAAUCCUGCGAGUUGACAGAGCCAAUGAGCUGGAGAAUUGGGUUAAAUGUGAGACAUGAAAAUUAAAAAGAUAAGCUGUAAA